AUGUCACUCCCCAAUGUAUGGCAUCUACGUCGGGUGGCCGAUACUGCCGCCAAAGCAUGCUUUGUUUGCUACAAGCCCUCCGCUAGUGUUCUGAUUACACCAGACAACAAGGCGGCAGCCAAGGCAAAGCAGGAAGCAUUGGCGCGGGAAAUCGAGAUAGUGAAAAAGGAGUAUGAAGAGAAGCAGCGACGGAAGAAGGAAAAAGAGAAGGAGAAGAAGGCCGAUGACGAGCCGAAGAAUUCAGACAAGAAGUCCAAGAAAUCGGACAAGGAGAGCGACAGCGGCGCCAAGUCACUUGAGAAAGAGAGAGAUGAGAAGAUUGAGUCCCUCACGAAGUCCGCUUCGUCGUCAGCGACGGAUGACUCGCCUCGUAUUUUCGCUUUGCACAAAAAUUUCUACCAGAUGCGUGUCGACAGACAGUGUAAUAUCGAAAUGGCCAAGCGGAAUCGUCAGCGCUUGCAAGACCCAUCUGCCUUCCCAUCUGUCCCGUCUGGCGAUCUUUGA